UGUGAUAUAGCUCAAAGAAGAAAGUAAAAAUGUAUAGGACAAUGAUUUCAGUUAGGCUAUAAUGAGCGGAACAUGGAUUUGGCCUGUUCAUUUUCACAAUUGUAUAGCACGGGAUAAAUUGCAGUAAUCUAUUCGUUUAUUAAUGCUAGUUUUAGGACAGACAGUGUACUGUGUAGAUCAAAAGUGUUCACUGCGAGCAAGAGUGAAACAGAACUUGCGGUCUAGCUCGCUGCGCGCUGUCACGAAAUCCUUCUCGCUUUGACUGUCAAGUUCUCUUUCCUCAUUGAGACAACGUCAAAGGCUGGGCGGCUCAGCCCCUCUACAAGCUUAACGCAUCUUUCAUGACGCGCCGUUGGUGAAUGAUUUUCUGCGGGAAUUCAAGACGAUUGUGAUGAAGGAUCAAAACUACACCGAAGAAGUAGUCAAAAUACUUCAAGAAGCGCCGUCCGCAAGACAGGCUCUUUUGGAAAACUACACAAACCUGUACAAUGUGGCGGACUACUGCGAGAAAAACUAUCUCGAGGCAGGAGAUGAAUCCCAGAAAGCUCUGGAGGAGACCAAAGCCUUCACGACCCAGUCCCUGGCCAGCGUGGCCUAUCAGAUCAGCAACAUGGCCAGCAGUGUCCUGAAGCUCCUGGAAGCCCAGACCUCCCAGCUGUGCCAGAUGGAGUCCUCGGUCAAUCUCAUCGGACAGACAGUGGACAUGCACAGAGAGAAAGUGGCUCGCAGGGAGAUUGGCGUUUUCACGGCAGCAAAGAGGGUGCCUCGCAGCCACAAGGUCAUCCCCCCGGCAACAGGCAAAGAGCCCAAAACCAAGUACACCCGCACGCCCAUCUCCUAUGCCAGUCUAGACUCACUCGGGCAUGGAAUGAAGGACUCCGGGAACCAGGUGGCCCGAACAGCCACCAUGACACGCAAGCCCGGUGGCACGCUUGGGAGAAAUAGUCGGCCGCUUGAACCUGUCCAGUGCCCGGUUGCCCCGACGAUGUCCCGUGGCGCAUCACUCACAUCUCUUAGUGACCGCUCCACUGGAUCUAGUUUUGGCAAGGCCGUGGCCCCACCGGUGGUGCCCAGCUUGCCCGCCGAACCUGACAUCACCAGUACGCUACUGGAGGACGACUCUCUGCUACCGCCGCCACUGAUGGACGAGGACGGUGGUAGCGGCGGCGGCACGGCCGAGGUCCAGGACUUCAUCCCGCCCCCUCCUCCGCUGCCCCCCGCUGCAGACUCUGCGGAAGUGGCCGCUCCGCCUCCCCCCCCUCCGCCACCACCAACCCCUGUGGAGGCUUCGCUGCCCCCGCCUCCACCCGCCCCACCUCUGGAGACAGUGGCAGAGGAGAAUGGCUUCCCCCCUCCCAUUCUCAUGGAUGAUGCCCUCCCUCCCCCAAUCAGUGAUUGCUCUGACCUUCCUCCUCCCCCUAUCCCACCAUUGGAUGAGAUUGAAGCUCCUCGCACGAGGCGUUCUCGCGUUCGCCGCCACCCCCCAAGUGCACGUUCACUCUCACUGAGGGUGCGCAUGGGCCCCAGCACACGCUCCCUCUACACGCGCUCGCUCUUCCUGCCCGGUGUCCAAUCACUCAUGAUCCCACCUCCUCCCUCAUACCCUCCCCCGUCCGCACCGCCCGCCUCGCUGAGCCCUCUGACCAAGCUUCCUGCCCGCCUGGAGCACCUGGAUCUGGAGAUUCCUGCACCACCACCGCCACCUCUUGACUGCUUUGAUGGCUUUGAUGACAUGCCACCUCUCCCGCCCCCCGUGGACUACGACACAGCUGUCCCAGCUAAUUACCUCGAGAAAGUGGUGGCGCUGUACAGCUACGAGGCAGGCAACGCUGGCGACUUGGCCUUCAAGGAGGGAGAUAUCAUCUACGUCGUGAGCAAAAACGAGGAUGGCUGGUGCGAAGGAGUGUUGAACGGAGUGCAGGGAUACUUCCCUGGGAAUUAUGUGCAGCCGGCUACAUAACUAGGGCAGAGCGUCUCCCUAUGAAUACACACAACAUGGCAAUAAUCUUCUGUAAAUCACAGGAAAUUACAAAUGUGAUUAGGUGUUAAGCUUAAAAGCUCAGUAAGUAAUUAUUGAAACAUUUUCUUUGGCAGAAAGUUUCACUGUAAGUGUGUGUCUGUAUGUCUGUCUGUAUGUAUGUAUGUAUGUAUGUAUGUAUGUAUGUAUGUAUGUAUGUAUGUAUGUAUGGUGUGUGCUGGGGCAAGAGGUUUAGACCAAAGUUUGUGGAGUUUGAUGACUUGAAUGCCACAAGAGUUAAAGACACAUCACUAUAAGUGAAAUGAAAACCUUGUCCAUCUCAUGUUUAAAAGCACACUGGUCAAUCUCUAGCACACAUUGUUAAUACCCAUAACUUAAAAAUCCUGAUUUAACUUUUUAUUUUGUUUGAACUUUUCAUCAGGGCAUCAGUCAGGCAGAGGUUAGAAACAGGCACACUCACAACACACAUACAAAAACAUGAGUCAAACUGUCAGAAUACCCAAGAAAGGAUAACAACUAUAUCUUUGCCUGUAGCAAACCUCUCCACUUCCUAGCAUUUAGACUGUCCUAGCUGUCACAGCCAUUGAGAGAAGUGCUGUAUGUAUGCUGCCCAUGUUGUGUUUGUCUUCAUCCUGAGACUAAGGACAAGUCCUGAGACAUUAGUGAUGGGUUGUAAUUACAAAGUUAGUGCCAGAUCAUUUAACACAAUCCCUAUAAAUUCCCUUUUGCCUUCUACAGAACAAGCUAGGGAAGUUUUACAAUUACGGUACACACAGCAGCUGGGCAGUCUGCUCAGUCUUUCUCAACAGGUCAAUUUCACAGCCAUGGCUUAAAGUAUAGACUGCUACAGGGGAUUUUUCCUUGCUGGUUUCUCAGGAGUCAGCAGGAGUUCAUUUGUAGUCAAACUAAUUUUCUCGGUGUGACGCAAACUAAAAUAAAUUAAUAUAUAUUUUGUAAAGAUAAAUACAUUUUGUAAAUAUAGUUUUCAAGAAAUCUGUGCAAGUUGGCAAUUUCCACAGGCAUAUUGUACGCACAUGUAAGACGUUAACUUACAUUAACGUUAACAACAUCACUUGUGCUUAACAUAAUUGUUUGCAGAUGUCUUUCUGCAUUUAAAAAAAAGAAGAAGAAAAAAUGUUACGAUGAAGGAAAAUAAAGGGCUUAAUUCUA